AUGUACCUGGUCACUGUGCUGGGGAACCUGCUCAUCAGCCAGGCUGUCAUCUCAGACUUUCACCUGCACACGCCCAUGUACUUCUUCCUCUCCAACCUAUCAUUUGUGGACAUCUGCUUCACCUCCACCACCAUCCCCAAGAUGCUGGUGAACAUCCAGACACAGAGCAAGGUCAUGACCUAUGCAGCCUGCAUCACCCAGAUGCACUUUUUUGUACUCUUUGUUGGGUUGGAUGUCUUCCUUUUGACUGUGAUGGCCUAUGAUCGGUUUGUGGCCAUCUGUCACCCCCUGAACUACAUGGUCAUCAUGAAACACAGGCUCUGUGGAUUGCUAGUUCUGGUGUCCUGGGUUGUCUGUGUCUCCUUAUUUUAUGGCACAAGCCUGGGUGUGUCCCUCAGUUCUGCUGUGACCCAAAACUCACACUCCAUUGCAACAGCUUCUGUGAUGUACACUGUGGUUACCCCCAUGCUGAACCCCUUCAUCUACAGUCUGAGGAACAAGGACCUCAAGAGUGCUCUGAGAAGAAUCUGA